AUGUUGCCUUUGGAAAAGAAGUUAAGAAUAAGAAACACGUUAGUAAAAGUUAUCGAAAACUACUUACGAGAAGAAAUAAAACCUUGUUAUGAACAUUAUCAAGAAGAAAAACUUACGUUAUUGCAAACGUUGAACACUACCAUAGAGAGCAAACUUGGAAAAUUUUUAAGUAUUACGGAAGAGAUUUCCGAAAUUAUUGAAGAGGAAGAUCAAUUAAUAAAAGAUGCUCAAGAAAGUAGUGACUUUGAAGUACGGGUAAGAAAUGAACUGCUAAUACUUGAUCGUUUCCUAAAAUCAAAACAAGAUAGAAGUGACACAGUCAGUACGAGGUCAGUUAGUGCUUCAAGCUCUAUUAAACUGCCAAAAAUUGAAAUAAAAAAUGUUGAUGGCGAUCCAACUAAUUGGUUUUCAUUUAUUGAUUCUUUUGAAGCAGCAGUUGACAAAAACGAUCACUUGUCUAAUGUUGAAAAAAUGAAUUAUUUGUUAGGAUUUGUUGUUAAAGAUGCUACAUCUACGAUAAGCGGUUUAAAACUGAGUAAUGAUAAUUAUGAGAUUGCUUUAAAUUUGUUAAAAGAUCGCUUCGGAGAUCCGCAAAUGAUAAUUUCAGGACAUAUGAAUAAACUAUUAAACUUGGAGCCUGUCAUGGCUAUUUCUGACGUUCGUAAUUUACGCCAAUUGUUCGAUAUAACUGAGGCGCAAGUGCGUAGUUUACAAUCUUUAGGAGUUGAAUCUCAAAACUUUGGCUCAAUGCUUAUACCUGUGUUAUUGCAAAAACUACCAGGAGAAUUACGUCUGAUUAUUAGUCGCCAACUUGGAAAAAACGCAUGGAAAGUAAGCGAGGUUAUGCAAGCUUUUAAAACUGAAUUAGAAGCGCGAGAAAAAGUUUCAACCGGUCAGGAGGAAAGUCCUUGUUUUUCUGGUGCUUCCCUUUAUGUUGGAAAUCGACGGAAUUUCGAUGCGAAAGAAAGAAAAUGUGCUUUUUGUGAAAACCCAGGGCACAAACCGCAAUUUUGCUCUAUUGUUUCCAAACCGACUGCGCGCUCUUCCAUUUUAAAAAGGAAAGGAUUAUGCUUUUUAUGUUUACAGUCAGGUCAUGUAGCAAGACACUGCACAGUUAGAUGGAAAUGUUUCAAAUGUAAGGGACGUCAUCAUGUGUCUAUUUGCAAUAAGGGUAAUCGAGACCAGGAUAGCAAUGAUCAGAAUGAAGGUGAGGGAACUUCAAAUAACGUGGCGAAUACUGAAUGUGAUUUUAACGCAGUUUUGUUACAAACUGCGUCUGCGGAAAUUUUUUCUGAUGAUAAAAACUGUCACAGGUUUAGAAUUUUGUUUGAUAGUGGCAGUCAAAUGUCAUACAUUUCUCCGCAAGCGGCGGAAAAAUUGAAAUUGAAAACAAUCGACAAAAAACAAAUGUGUCUUAAAACGUUUGGAGGAGCUAAACAAAACAAAACUUUGGACAUGGUUAGAUUUACCGUUAAAACGAAAAAUGACGAAGAAAAUAUUACGGUAAACGCGUUCGUAUCCGAAAUAUGCUAUCCUUUGACAAACCAAAACAUCGAGGGUGCAAAAUCUAACUACCCUUUUUUGUGUCGUCUUAAUUUAGCAGACAGUAAUCCAAAAAAUCAACCAUUAAGUGUGGAUAUUUUGAUUAGCGGGGAUUAUUAUUGGUCCUUUAUGAAAAACGAAAUGAAACGUAGCACCAAAGGUGGGCCCACAGCAAUUUCAUCAAAACUGGGAUAUAUUUUAAGUGGCGGAGUCAUGGGUACUAAAUUGGAUACUUCAGUGAACAUUGUUAAUACUCAUGUUUUAAAAGUGCAAAAUGAAAACACUUGA